CAACAAAAAUCCAGAAAAUCCAAUUUGUGAAUUUUGCACUAAAUAAAGUCAGUUUUAGCAAAAUAGUUGUGAUUAUAAUUAGGGUUCUUUUAAUCACAUGGUAUCUUGAUAAAUUUAGAUUAAGAUAGUUACUUGUGAGCGUGUACCAGCAUGGAUAUCACUGGUCCUGGUAUCAUCCCUGAUCAGGAGUACCUCCUGCAGGGCAGCAUCUUGGAGACAUCCCGAGACGUCCUGCUUCAUCGCCUGAGGGGACUGUGUGACAACCUUGAGACCGGUCCAGAGAUGUUUCACGAUCACGAGAUGGUGUACUGCAUGACAGGAGGAGCUGGUCCCCCUGUCCUAUUCCGAGCGAGGCGGUCACUCUCACAUCAACAUGUGCCAUGGCAUCUACGAUAUGUUGGUCAGGUAGAUGUUGGUGACAAGAGUCGUGCUACCCUCCUCCGUAGCUGUAUAGACGUCAGCACUUCAGAUAACCUCAUGCAGUUCUUAGUCGAAAUGGGUUUCAAACUCGACCAUGAGCACGUAGUAAAAGGUUAUUUAUUCACAAAAGGAAGAAUGAAGAUUACUGUAUCAAAAAUAUUCAGGAUGCUCGAGUCCAACAACACAGAAACGAUCGAGCCUCUGUCUCAGUCGUAUCUCGUUGAGCUGAGCAUCGUGACGACACCAGGUCAGGAACAGGUCCAGGACGAUAUGAGGAACUUCGCUGAACAAUUAAAACCACUUGUUCAGUUAGACAAGAUCGACCACCGGCGCCUCCAAGUCCAGCAGAUAUGAGUGAACUGAGUGAUGGACAAACAUUCCAACGGGAUCACAGAAAUAUGCAGGAUUGAGACAAGUCAAUCGCAAAAUCCCAAAUCUUUGAAUUGACUGUCAAGUUGAAUGACCGAAAUGAUUGUGACAGGGUUUCAGUUGAAAAUUGCUGAAAUUGGUUUCCUACCGAAGCCCCAUUGUGGCUUACAGAGAGAUGAUGGGAUUAGGAUAUUGGACAUGGACUUUGUGACUUUCAGGGCUAUCUGUAGGCCAGCGUCAGUUUUCCAGCCUAUAAAACAACCCCUUUUCAACUGUUCAGUAUCUGUGUGAGAACAAUACCACUGACUGGCAGACAGUAGUAGAGAGGAAUAGAACAAUUUCAUUUGCCUGAAGUAAGUGCAAGAGGUAGUUAUGUGUUCAUAAUCACGUUAAUGUGUUUAUAUUGUGUUUAUAAUGAAACGUUUUAUAAGCAGAAAGAUUGACUUGUUUUGUUAGAAAUCUUCUACAUUGUGGUCCUCCUUCAUUGGGGUAUGCUGGUGUCAUGAAUAUCAGCUUGAAGCCAC